AUUACCUAUCAGUUCACACAGCACCUUGCUUGGUCAUGUCCUUUAGAGCCCUCAAUGAGGAUUGGCCAUUCGGCCAGGCGCAUCCUACGAUGGGAAGUUGGGCCCAGCCUUGGCUGACAGAGCCAUCCUGUCCCUAGGCCAACCACCAAGCUGGGAGAUAAACAGGAAGCCCAUUUCUCUGCUGUGCACUGUGCUAGUCUUUCCUUCCUGAGGUGCAGCUGGCUCAGACGCCUGGGCCUGCUGCCCCUCAGCCUCCCACUAUUCAAGAUGCCUAUGCAGGUCUCUGCUGGGACCUGGGUCUUCCCUCUCCUGGAGCUGCAGAGGCCAGAAGUUCAGUGGUGAAGGGUUCAAGGAGAGUCCUGGGAGACCAGGGAGGCUUCUGUCCACCCCCUGUCCCUGUUCCCUGUGGGAAGCCUCCAACAGCAGCAGCAGCAGCAGCAGCAGCAGCAGCAGCAGCAGCAGCAGCAGCAGCAGCAGGAGCAGCAGCAGCAGCAGCAGCAAGGCGCUGGCCGUUCCGCUCACCCACAAGAACAGCUGCCACCAGUACCCUGGGGAUGACUAGAGGCCGGACCACAGGCCACAAAAAGAAGAAGGCUACCCCACUUACAGAUGCAGACCAUGUGGGGGUCCGGAGAGCUGCUUGUAGCGUGGUUUCUAGUACUGGCAGCAGGUGGUACUACUGAGCAUGUCUACAGACCCAGCCGUAGAGUGUGUACCGUGGGGGUUUCCGGAGGCUCCAUCUCAGAGACCUUUGUGCAGCGUGUAUACCAGCCUUACCUCACCACUUGUGAUGGACACAGAGCCUGUAGCACCUACCGAACCAUCUACCGGACUGCCUACCGGAUUGCCUAUCGCCAUAGCCCGGGGCUGACUCCCAGCAGGCCUCGCUAUGCCUGCUGCCCUGGUUGGAAGAGGACCAACGGGCUCCCUGGAGCUUGUGGAGCAGCAAUAUGCCAGCCACCGUGUGGGAAUGAAGGGAGUUGCAUCCGCCCAGGCCGCUGCCGCUGCCCUGUGGGAUGGCAGGGAGAUACUUGCCAGAUAGAUGUUGAUGAAUGCAGUACAGGAGAGGCCAGGUGUCCCCAGCGCUGUGUCAAUACUGUGGGAAGUUACUGGUGCCAGUGUUGGGAGGGGCAGAGCCCAUCUGCAGAUGGGGUGCUCUGCCUGCCUAAGGAGGGGCCCUCCCCGGUGGCACCAAGUCCCACGCCAGGAGUGGACAGCGUGGUGAGAGAGGAGGUGUACAAGCUGCAGGCCCGGGUUGAUGUAUUAGAACAGAAACUGCAGCUGGUGCUGGCCCCACUGCACAGCCUGGCCUCUCGGUCCCCGGAGCAUGGGCUGCAAGAUCCUGGCAGCCUGCUGGCCCACUCCUUCCAGCAGCUGGACCGGAUUGACUCACUGAGCGAGCAGGUCUCCUUCCUGGAGGAACAGCUGGGGUCCUGCUCUUGCAAAAAAGACCUGUGAUGGCUUCUCAGUGCCCAUGUUGGAUUGAGCUGUUACCCCUACGUCCCUUCUAGCCUGAGUUCAAGUGCUGUCCGGUGGUGCCUGUGAGCAGAAGGCCCUGCUUGUUUAUCCCUCUCUCUUAGGAGGUUCCUAGGCCCUGGGCAUGGGGAGGGGGGUCUUGUGUGGCUCUUAAGUGAGGCUUCCGGGAAAGGAAUAAGAUCUCCCUGCCUAAGAAGUGAGGUGGGGGCUGUCUCCACCUUUGUCAUAUUAAAGCUGGGACUUGAGCUGCUGUCACUGGGUGAGUCGGACUGUGUACACACUGUACUACUGCCAUGUAGGAGCUGCAGUGGGCAGUCCUGAGGCUCUCUUCAGCCUAUGCUGAUGCUGCCAAGCCCGUGGUCUGCACACCCUUCAGUUCUGUGGACCCUGCAUUCACUGAGCAAAGCAAUGCUGGCUGAUCACAGCUCACCUGCAGGCAGUUAGGGAGGAGGGAGCUCAGACACCGCAGCCCCAGGGAUCGAUUCACACACCAUCUUUCCCACCCUUCAUCCCUGGAUGGGGACUUGGGAAGAACUCUUACCACCCUCUGGUCUCUAGGCACUUCUGAGUUCAUUUAUAAAAAAAAGAACCAAA